GUCGCGGAAACUAUAAUGAAGGAUACUCCAGAGUUUGGCGCGAUGGCAGCGGCCCUCGGAGAAUGCCGCGAGGAGGUCGAGGUGCCGGACCGCCGAUUUUUAGAGAACAGGGUCACCCUGUUUCAUAGUGUCCGAGACUACAGUUCUGCGUAG